CUCUCAGAGAUUCAGAAAAUACUUUAAUUUGUGAAGUCAUUAUUUUCUUGAAUUUUGUCUUCAAAAAAUGGCCAGCAAUACCAGUUCAGUCUCUACAUCAGCCAAAAGGCUAGAUGGUAAAGUAGCAGUUAUUACUGGAGGUGCUAGUGGAAUUGGUGCUACCACUGCAAAAUUGUUUAUCGAAAAUGGUGCUAAAGUUGUAAUUCUUGAUGUUCAAGAUAAUCUUGGCUGUUCACUUUGCAAUGAAAUCGGCCUAGAACACAUCUCGUACGUCCAUUGCGAUGUCACCGAUGAAAAACAAGUGGAGGAGGCCAUAGACUUUGCACUGUCAAAACAUGGGAAGAUUGACAUAAUGUACAACAAUGCAGGCAUCACAGGAAGUAUAUCUUCAGGAAUUACUACAACGGACUACGAAAACUUAAAAAAAGUAUUCGACAUCAACGUGUUUGGCGCCUUCCUAGGCGCCAAACACGCGGCUCGUGUGAUGAUCCCAGCUAAAAAAGGCGUCAUUCUCUUCACCGCGAGCGUGACAGCCGUUGUAGCCGGGAUGUCCCCGCACACUUACGCCUCGUCCAAGCACGCGGUAAUCGGGCUAGCGAACAAUUUGUGCGUGGAAUUAGGACAAUAUGGAAUAAGAGUAAAUUGCAUUACACCACAUGUUGUGGCUACUCCAAUGUUGACUAAUUUUCUUGGUGGAAUUGAUCAAAGUAAAGUUGAUGAAGCACUUAUGAAAUCUUCCAAUUUGAAAGAAGCAAACUUAGAGGUAGAGGAUGUUGCUAGAGCUGCUGUUUAUUUGGCAAGUGAUGAGUCUAAGUAUGUAAGUGGAUUGAACUUAAUGAUUGAUGGAGGUUAUAGCAAAACUAAUCCACUUUUUCCGAUGUGUAUUAGAGAGAUUCUUAGUGGCUUUUAAACAAGAUUUUGGGACUCUUGUUUUCUCUAAUAAUGUGUUGAGGAUUUGAUAUUUUUUCUUCUUCUUGAAAGUUGUCUUGUUAUCCAAUAACAAUUGAGAUCUGGUGACACACCUGCA